GUAACCAAUAACGCAGCCCGCAACAGAUCGAAUCAUAAUUCAUGUACAAUUAUCAUCGCAAAUCCGCCGCGUAAUGAUUGCGUCGUAAUCGCGCGCGUUCCGCCGCGUACAUCGGCACGUCUAACCGCCGUGAUCGAUAACUGCCGUCCACGACUCUCGCGUACGUUCCACCGCGCGGCGGCGAUCGAGAAUGAGAUCCAUCGAUCGGUGAUCACUUGCGCUUCGCACCAACACCUGUGAACAAGCAACAGUUGCCGCCACCGCCGCGCGUCCCGACCACCAUCAACACCACUUUUCGCCGCGCACCAACACACCGCCGGUAAUGGCGUCGCGAAUACAACCCAAGGAGGCCACCGUGGCCACCACCGGUGUUGCGUGUCUGGUCGCCGCCGUGGCCUGGAUACUGAUCAACUCCAUCUACGUAGGCAACACCGACGGCUGGCCGCAGUUCGUCCUCAGCGUGUUCGCCGCCAUCACAGUGGUCGGGGUUGGACUGGCCACCCUUUCGUACGCGGCCCAUCAACAACUGGUCGUCAAGAACAACCUGUUCGUCGACCACGACCAUUCCGGCAAGGAGUUCGAAUACCGAUCGACGGGCCAAUGGGCCGUGGUGACGGGCGCCACGGACGGCAUAGGCAAGGAGUACGCUCGGCAGGUCAGUAGUCAAGGAACCAAUAACAUCGCACAGGAAGACGUCGCGGAUUAACGAACGCAUCAUCAUCAUAACAUAGACUAACAUAUUAUAACAGAAACAAUGAUAUUGUAUUAUUAUUUAGCAUAGAAUCAGUAAAUUGUAAAUUUCAGUAGCCAGGGACCGACAUAGAAGUGAAACCGAUUUGUUUAUGUUGCGCGUUGUGUUGUUUUAAUAACUGUGAACCAAAACUUUUCAACUUCA